UCACGUUGCCUAAGGAACCAUUUGGAUGAGACACGUAACGUGAACAUGUCGGGAAGUCCAGCGGCUAAGAAGAGUAAACUCUCUUUGAGAGAGACCGAGGGGAAAAUCGACUGGAGGAGACGGAAGGCACAGAAAAAGGAGCAGAAGAAGAGAUGGAAGGAAGACAAGCUGAUACGGCAGCUGGAGAAACGAAGCAGAGUGGUGGAGGUGGAGGAGGGGAGAGCGAAGGUGGAGCAGCAGAUGGAGGCCAAAGGUCGCCAGUACACGUUGAGCAUCGCCCUUCCCGGCUCGGUGCUGGACAACGCGCAGUCGCCCGAGCUCCGCACGUACCUGGCCGGACAAGUGGCGCGUGCCUGCGCCGUGUUCUGCGUCGACGAGGUCGUCGUCUUCGACGAAUCCGGUGAAGACGCCAGGACUGUAGAGGGGGAGUUCAAAGGCAUCGGGAAAAAAGGUCAGGCCUGCGUCCAGCUGGCCAGGAUCCUGCAGUACCUGGAGUGUCCACAGUACCUGCGGAAGGCGUUCUUUCCCAAGCACCAUGACCUUCAGUUUGCUGGUUUAUUGAACCCUCUGGACAGCCCCCAUCACAUGCGUAUGGAUGAGGAGGUGGAGUUUAGGGAGGGAGUUGUGGUUGACCGACCGUGCAAAGCGGGAAACGGUUCUUUCGUCAACUGUGGGAUGAGGAAGGAAGUUCAAGUUGAUAAGCAGCUUCAGCCUGGUCUGAGAGUGACUGUACGAAUAAAGAGCCAGAACACUGAGAGCCGGGUGCAUAAAGGAGUGGUGGUGGCCCCCCAUGUGCCCAGGACAGAAGGGGGCCUUUACUGGGGCUACAGUGUUCGCCUGGCGUCCUGCCUCAGUGCUGUGAUAACAGAGUGUCCGUUCAAAGACGGCUAUGAUUUGACCAUAGGGACGUCUGAAAAGGGCAAUAAUGCUGACCAUGCUCAUCUGCCCCCUUUCAGGCACACGCUGGUGGUGUUUGGAGGUCUGCAGGGUCUCGAGGCGAGCGUCGACGCCGAUGUAAACCUGGACGUGACUGACCCCGGCGCGCUCUUUGACCUCUACCUGAACACGUGCCCCACCCAGGGCAGCCGCACCAUCCGCACAGAGGAGGCUAUUUUGAUCUCCCUGUCAUCGUUACGGCAGAAAAUCGCAGCAGUUUUCUCCGAGCAGACUCAGUGACGACUGCAGCCAGUGACAUUU